GGCUUCUUGGUCCAGAUAACCACCACUUCAACUCCCUUCCACACCACCUUUCUACCGCUCACCCAGUACAAGCAAAUACUAUAUCCACUAUGGCGGACAUCCUAACUCAACUCCAAACCUGUCUCGACCAACUCGCGACCCAAUUCUACGCCACAAUAGGCUACCUCAUAACAUACCACGACAACUCACCCGCAAUCCCAGCCUCGAACAACCCCACCGCCGCACCCGCUCUCGCCAAAAUCACCAGAAACUCAACCGCGCCGCCCGCCCCCGCCGGUGCGCCCGCCGGCUCCCAAGCAUCCCCGCAACAACAAGCAGCCCAGAUCCCAGGCCAGCAGGCACAAGGCGAAACAGGACAGGCUACACCGGGAGCUACAGGAGGAACAGCGGUAGAUCCGACUCUACCUCCCGCGCCGGAUUCGCCGCGGACGUUUGCGAGUCGGCAGCGUGAGUUGGCGAGGGAUUUGGUGAUCAAGGAGCAGCAAAUUGAGUAUUUGAUUUCGGUGCUUCCGGGGAUUGACUCGUCGGAGGCAGAGCAAGAGAAACGGAUCAAGGAACUGGAGAAGGAGUUGAGGGGCGCGGAGGAGGAGAGGGAACAAAGGGUGCGCGAGUUGAGGAAGUUGAGGAAGAAGCUGGACAAUGUUUUGGGGGCUGUUGAGGUGGGAAUCUAUGGGGAUCGGGGGUUUGUGGCAUCUAGGAGGUGAUUGAUUUCUUGUCUGGUUAUUUGCCUAUUGUUUCUGAUCUGGGUGUGCUUAUGAGGGAGAUAUCUCUCAUUAAGAUAAAUGGUUUAUUUAUUCCCUGGCUUGUUUUGAUGGAUUUAUGGGACUGCUUUCUGUGGUCUCUAAUAUUGUAUAUAAAACUUUGGGGUACUAUUAUCAGUGAAUAUCCCCAGAUAUCUGUUAUUCUUGCUCCUAUACAAUAAUCAAGUGCUCAUGCAUUGCAAUUACGAUGAGAU